CUGAACAUGGAGAGCUUAAAAACUGCACUGGAAAAGUUUAUUGAUCAUAUUUCUAACACAGCCAACAUCUACGUCUCCAUCAUUGUGAUUUUUUGUUACCAUGUUGUGCUGAAGUUUGACUUUCAGUGUACCUGUAAACCAGGAGGGAGCCAGUGUGAUGUCUACAUGGUCAUACCAUGUUUUAUAUUAUUUUUGGUGAUACUCUGGACAAACACAGCAUGUCAGAGAGCACUGAGAUAUACAUGUAAAACAUGUUCAGGCACAUUUUGUUGUGUUUUAGUGAAGAACAUCCUCAAGGCAGCUUGUAUCGGUCUUCUGUGGGUUUCAUCUGUGUACAUGGAUGGAGACUGGUUUUUGUGCUGUAAGAGCAAUCAGACAGCAGAGCAGAUAGUACUACCCUGCAAAGCCAAGAACAAGAGCAACCUCACACCUGAGGAAAAGGAAAUUAUCACUGACAUAAAAAACACAUCACUGGAGCUGGGCUUAUAUGUACUCUUAGGUAUCUGCAUUUUGGCUGCGUUUAGUAGCGGCAUUUACUCCUGUCUAUCAUCAUGCUGUGGAUGUUUUCAAAAACUGAAGAACUGCUGUAGUGGAUGCUGUAACACACAGCAUGAACUUAAUGAACUGAUUCUGGAAGAGUGGGAAAAUCACCUGAGGGACUGUGUGAAAGAAGCAACAGGCAGGACGCUGACCAGCAAACUCGAAACAGACUGGGGAACAAAUGGGGUAACAUGUGUUGACUAUGUUGAUGAAAUUAUCAGAGAUCCAAAACUACUGAUUUUCCCUGAACCACAACAAGAUGGGCAAAUACAACAACAACAACAACAACAACAAGAUGAUGAGCAAACUCCACCACCACCAAAACAAGAUGAUAAGCAAACUCCACCACCACCACCACAGCCUGGACCAGGUGGGCAAAGUUCAGAUGAUGAACCAGCAGCAGACAGCGGGAAGCUGCAAAAUGAAGACGAGUCACGUCCGUUACUGACUCCGCCAUCACCUGAUGAAGACAACGCCCUGCUGGAAGAAGAGGAACGUCUGUGAUGGAUACAUCAACACACACACACACACACACACACACACACACAAACACACACAUUACUGGUUCACCAAAACAGAUUGGGUAUUGAUCAGUAUGAUCAGUGAAUGUGAAGAUGUGGCAGGAGAAACAGCCUUCAUCAAAACUGUAAAGUUUGAUUCAUUUUUCUACUGAUGACAUUUAAAUCAUAAGAAAAUCAUUGUGGUACUUUAAUGAGCACAGUUUGACCUGUUUGCUGUGAGGGAGUCAGGCUGCUGGUUCUGCUGGUUCUGCUGGUUCUGCUGGAACUGCUGGUUCUGCUGGUUCUUGCUCUGUGUUUUGCUGCCUGCUGUUUGUGUUGGAUUGUUCUGUUCUGUGAUUGGUUGAUUAGUUGGAUCCAGGUGGGCUCAGGCUUCUGAUGAAGUGCUGUACAAAUAAAUCAGCCGCAA